CUCACAGCCGUCAGCUAAACAAUCACGCAAGACACUGUAUUCAUUUCAGGAGCCAAACUAUUCUCAUGUCCAGACUAUUCCACAAUUCAUAAAAGCAACUAGAUACACGUCAGUGCUCAUGUCAUCUGCCCGCUCUUUUUUCUUCAGAACUCUCUUAUAAAUCACAACAGCUAGCCUCCUUGAUAUUUCACUAACUAGAAUUUUCCGUCUCUUUAUCGAUUAUCCGAUAACAAAAUGAGCUGCUGGUGGGCUGGUGCCCUUGGCAAUAACCGGAAAAAAAUUGAUGACGAUGACGGGGCAUCACGGGACUACAAGAGUGUGGCGCUGGUGGUGGGUGUAACAGGAAUAGUUGGCAACAGUUUGGCUGAGAUUCUCCCACUUGCGGACACCCCUGGCGGUCCAUGGAAAGUCUAUGGUGUUGCUCGAGGUAAGCGGCCUAACUGGAAUGAAGACAACCCUGUGGAGUACAUCCAGUGUGACAUUUCUGACAGGAAUCAAACACAGUCAAAGCUCUCACUGCUGACGGAUGUUACUCACAUCUUUUAUGUUACCUGGGCCAGUCGAGAGACGGAGUCUGAGAACUGCAAGAUAAAUGGCCUAAUGUUCCGCAAUGUUCUCGAGGCUGUCAUCCUUAAUGCUCACAAUCUCCGCCACAUCUGCCUCCAAACCGGCACCAAACACUACGUUGGGCCCUUCCAGUUCUUCGGCAAGAUUGAAGCCCAUGAUCCGCCCUUCACUGAGGAUCUGCCUAGAUUGGAAUUCCCCAACUUUUACUACACUCUGGAGGAUAUUCUGUUCCAGGAAGUGGCAAAGAAAGAAGGAUUGACUUGGUCUGUUCACCGACCUGACAACAUCUUCGGGUUCUCGCCUCAUAGUUUGAUGAGUAUUGUUCGCACUCUUUGUGUUUACGCUGCUAUAUGCAAGCAUGAGGGAACUCUAAUGCGGUUUCCUGGGGUGAAAGAGGUUUGGAAUUGUUACGCAAUCGCCUCAGAUGCUGAUCUCAUCGCGGAGCAUGAAAUUUGGGCGUGUGUGGAUCCUAGUGCCAAAAACGAAGCAUUUAAUAUCCACAAUGGAGAUGUGUUUAAAUGGAAGCAUUUGUGGAAGGUUUUGGGAGAACAGUUUGGACUAGAGGAGUAUGGGUUUGUGGAGACAGAGGAGAGGAUAAGCUUGGCAGAGACGAUGAAAGAAAAAGGAGCAGUUUGGGAGGAGAUAGUAAGGGAGAAUCAGCUUCUGCCCACCAAACUGGAGGAAGUGGGGGCGUGGUGGUUUGUCGAUUUGGUAUUUGGCGGGGAAGUUUCUAUACCUAGCAUGAAUAAGAGCAAAGAGCAUGGGUUCCUGGGGUUUAGGAAUUCCAAGAAGUCGUUCAUUUCUUGGAUAGAGAAGAUGAAGGCUAGCAAGGUUGUGCCUUGAGAAACUUGGGCAUGCUGGCUUUUGUUGGUAAUGUGAUUUUUGUACAAAAAUAAGAACCAUGUAGAUUGUACCAUGGGGACAAUGGGGAGAAACAACGUUGUAUCAUUUGUUGAGAACAGUCAGUCUGUUUUGAACUACUAAUAAAAGAAUGUAACAUAGCCUGUUCAUGCACCA